AUGAUCCAGUCCAUGUUCAUCCUGACCACCACAGGGGAGGUGAUCAUCGAGAAGCACUGGCGCGGCCUCACGAACCGCAACGUCUGCGACUUCUUCAUGGAAGAGGUCAACAAGUACCGCGAGCGAGAGGACGUGCCGCCUAUCAUCACGACGAGCAAGUACUACUUGGUCAGCACUUUUCGAGAUGAUCUGUUUGUGCUGGCGGUCGUCACGAAUGAGGUCUCCCCCCUGUUUGUGAUAGAGUUCUUGCAUCGCGUCCUCGCCGUGUUCCGUGACUACUUUGGCAACUUUGACGAGAACGCUAUCAAGGACAAUUUCUCGACGGUCUACCAGUUGCUGGAGGAGAUGCUGGACAAUGGCUACCCGCUGACGACAGAGCCGAACGCACUCAAAGCGAUGGUGGCUCCGCCAUCUACGGCAAAUCGCAUUGCUGCAAUGGUGUCAGGCAAGUCGCGCGUGAGCAAUACGCUGCCUGACGGUGCGAUCUCCAACAUCCCGUGGCGGAAGAGCGGCGUGCGCUAUACACAGAACGAAAUCUACUUUGACAUCGUCGAGGAGAUUGACGCCAUCGUCGACGUAUCUGGAUGCAUGAUUUCGUGCGAGGUGAAUGGCUCGAUCCAGAGCAACAGUCGCCUUUCGGGUGUCCCGGACCUCACCAUGGUGUUCACGGAUCCAUCCGUGAUUGACGACUGCUCGUUCCAUCCGUGUGUGCGGUACUCGAGAUAUGAGCGGGAGCGAGUGAUCUCGUUUGUGCCGCCGGAUGGACAGUUUGAGCUCAUGCAGUACCGCGUGCAAGUAAAGGACCUUGUACCACCAGUAUACUGUCAGCCGCAGAUCACGUACAAUGACAAGGGUGGAGGCACUCUGGACCUGGUGAUCGGCACGCGUGGCAUGCCUUCGCUGAACUCGAAUGCAAGGAGGAAUCUGCAGGUGGAAGAUUUGACUGUGCACGUGACUUUUCCAAAGAGCGUGCGUACGGUGGAUGUGAACACGGAGUUUGGCACGUGUUUGUUCGACGAGCCGUCCAAGACUGUCAGGUGGAAUGUCGGCAAGCUGGGCAAGAAGGUGCUCAACCCGUCACUUCGUGGCAACAUUAUCCUCCAUCAAAGCGCUGCAGUGCCCGAUGAGAAGCCCAUUGUGCUUCUAGGCUUCAAAGUGCCCAUGUCGACUGUUUCUGGGCUGAAUGUCGAAACGCUGCUCAUCACCAACGAAAAGUAUAAGCCGUACAAGGGUGUGCGGACGAUGACGAAGGCUGGCCGCUUCCAAAUUCGGACGUAG